AUGAGGUGGACAAAACAAGGCACGCUACAAAAAAGGGAAUACGAUGUAUAUUACAGCUGCUAUGAGCACAUACUUAGGACGGCCUUUAUAGCCCACAAGCGCCUAAAACACCUCGUCGUUGGAUUCAAGCCGAUAUCACCUAGGCUGAGCGUUCUCAGAAUCAAGGGAAGAUUCUUUAACAUCAGUCUGAUAAACGUGCAUGCACCGACAGAAGACAAAUCGGAUGUGGAGAAGGAUGAAUUCUACUCUGCCCUGGAAGAUGCAUACGAUAAAUGUCCUAAGAACGACAUAAAGAUCAUUGUUGGGGACUUUAACGCAAAAAUUGGCAGGGAGUCAAGGUAUCAAUCGCAUGUGGGUAAAUAUAGUUUGCACAAAGAGUCCAACGAAAAUGGAGAUAGAGCCAUAGGCUUUGCCGCUUCUAAAAAUAUGAUCAUAGGAAGCACAAAGUUCAAUCACAAGGAUGUGCAUAAGCCUACAUGGGUGUCUCCCGAUGGUCAAACAAUGAAUCAAAUAGACCAUAUGCUAAUAGAUGCCAGGCACGCGUCAAACCUGCUAGAUGUGAGAAGCUAUAAACGAGCAAACAUUGACUCUGACCACUACCUACUUGGUGCGAAAUUCCGAGCCAGAAUUUCAAAUGUAAAAAAGCUCGCGAGUGAGAGGCAAAAAAAGUACAACGUCCUUCGGCUCAGGGAUGAGGAGGUAGUGCAUAGAUUUCAGGAAACAAUCAAUAAACAUUUGUGCCCGCAAGAGCAUGAAGAGCAUAACAUGUCAAUUGUUGAAAUCUGGGAUAGAUGCAGAAAUGCCUUAACAAUAGCAGGGAAUGAGGUCAUGGGGGAGUGCAGGCGACAGGAUAAAGCGGAAUGGUUCGAUGACGACUGUAGGACAGCGACGAACAUAAAAAAUGACGCGUAUAAAAAAUUGCAGCAUCGAAGGACGAAAGCAAAUGUGGAGCGCUAUAGAGACCUAAGAAGGGACGAAAAGUGGAUACACAGAAUGAAGACGAGGGCAUUUGAAAGCCAAAGAAUGGAGGAACUGGAACAACUGAGGGAUCAGAAUGAAACAAGGAAGUUCUACCACAGUGUGAAUGCACAGCGGAAGACAUUUCAGCCAAGAGUCACAAUGUGCAAGGACGAGAACGGGAACAUCUUGAGUGAGAAAUCCGCGGUGUUGAAACGUUGGCGUGAAUACUUUGAUCAAAUGCUUAACCAGAACCAGGAACCCGACAAUGCUGAGGAGGAGGUGGAAACCAACGCUGAAGUGCAGAACCCACCAACCCUGUUGGAGUGCGGGGGUGAGGAAUUAGCCAUCUAUCUCCAGCAGCUAGUGGGUGAGGUCUGGAAACAAGAAGCCAUGCCGGAUGAAUGGGAAAAAGGGCUGAUAUGCGUCUUGCACAAAAAAGGUGAUCAGCUAGACUGCUCAAAUUACAGAGGGAUAACACUACUAAAUGUUGUGUACAAGAUAUUCUCCAACAUCCUGUGCGAAAGGCUACGGCCAUACACCGAAGCUCUUCUUGGGGACUAUCAGUGCGGCUUUCGUCUGGGUAGGUCCACAGUGGAUCAGAUAUUCCUGCUGCGCCAAAUCCUAGAAAAAACUCUCGAGUUCAACAUAAAUACGUAUUAUGUGUUUGUCGACUUUAAGGCAGCAUAUGAUAGUAUCGUACGAGUAAAGUUAUAUAAAGCCAUGGCAGAACUGCAGAUCCCUAAGAAACUGAUAGAUCUCGCGAGGUUAACAAUGAGUAGGGUUCUCUGCGCGGUCAAAAUACAAAGUGACAUAACCGAAACAUUUGAGACCAAAAAUGGCCUCAGGCAAGGGGAUGCGCUUGCGUGUAUGCUCUUUAACAUCGCACUUGAAAAAGUGGUCAGAAUGUCACGGAUAAACACAACUGGGACAAUUUAUUUAAAAUCGACGCAACUAAUGGCGUAUGCAGAUGACGUUGAUAUCGUCGCGAGAUCGGUAACUGGCGCAAAAGAGGCCUAUUUGAACCUGGUGGAUGCGGCGAAACAGCUGGGGCUACAAAACUGUGUAACUGAUGAGAUAAAGAGACGUAUAGUUUUGGCGAACAGAUGCUAUUUUGGACUGCGUAAGCAUCUAAGAAACAGUAACCUAACCAGGAGAACAAAGAUCAGGCUCUAUAAAACGCUCAUACUACCGGUACUUACAUACGCAUCGGAGACUAGGGCCAUAAGUAAAACAGACGAACUGCUUCUGCUUGGGUUUGAAAGGAAGGUCCUUAGAACAAUUUACGGAGAGGUGUGUGAGGAUGGAUUAUGGCGCAGAAGAUACAACUGCGAGCUGGAUGACUUAUAUAAGAAGACUGACUCAAGAGAUGUGGUCACGCUCAUAAAGAUUGGGAGACUGAGGUGGGCAGGACAUGUGGCGAGAUUUGGGGACAGCAACAUCCGGAAGCGUACUCUCAACGGGGAGCCAGGUGGCAGGAGAAGACCAGGAAGGCCAAGGCUACGUUGGGAGGAUGGAGUCGUGCGUGACGCAAAGAAGAUCGGCGUUAGAACUAGCGCAAUGUGGCGCAGAACGGGGAUGUGUGGCGUGAAAAAUUAA